CGCGGGCGCGAGCGCGGAGCGGGGGCGCGCGGCGCGCAGCGGCCCAGCAGCCUGGCAGCCCAGCCCCGCGCGGGCAGAGGCGAGCGGCGGGCAGCGGCUGCCAGCCCCAGCAGUGCAGGGCCUCCGACCGAGCGGCGGCUGAGCGGGGCCUCGGCCCCGGGGCGCGCGGGGAGCUGUCGGCGCGUCCCAAACGGCGCUUGCCAUGGCGGGCGGGCCCCCCAAGGCCCUGCCGUCCACGGGGCCCCAAUCCCUGCGAGACGUGCAGCACCCGCUGGCCGGCUCCAGCAGCGAGGAGGCCAUGGGCGGCGACAGCACGCCCAGCCCGGACCUGCUGAUGGCCCGCAGCUUCGGUGACAAGGAUCUCAUUCUGCCUAACGGUGGCACUCCAGCAGGCACCUCGAGCCCGGCGUCUUCGUCUUCCCUUCUCAACAGACUUCAGCUCGAUGAUGACAUUGACGGUGAGACCAGGGAUCUCUUUGUCACAGUCGAUGACCCCAAGAAGCAUGUCUGCACGAUGGAGACCUACAUCACGUAUAGGAUCACCACCAAGAGUACGCGGGUGGAGUUUGACCUGCCAGAAUAUUCCGUCCGCCGCAGAUACCAGGAUUUCGACUGGCUGAGGAACAAGCUGGAAGAAUCGCAGCCCACGCAUCUCAUUCCCCCGCUUCCCGAGAAGUUUGUGGUGAAAGGCGUCGUGGAUCGCUUUUCGGAAGAGUUUGUGGAGACCAGAAGAAAAGCGUUGGAUAAAUUCCUGAAAAGAAUUACGGAUCACCCCGUGCUGUCUUUCAAUGAACACUUUAACGUCUUCCUCACUGCUAAGGACCUGAACGCCUACAAGAAGCAAGGGAUGGCGCUGCUGACGCGCGUGGGCGAGUCUGUCAAGCACGUCACGGGGGGCUACAAGCUGAGGAGCCGGCCUCUGGAGUUCGCAGCCAUCGGGGACUACUUGGAUACGUUCGCGCUCAAACUGGGAACCAUUGACAGGAUAGCCCAGCGGAUCAUCAAAGAAGAAAUAGAGUAUCUGGUAGAGCUGAGGGAGUACGGGCCCGUGUACUCCACGUGGAGCGCGCUGGAGGGCGAGCUGGCGGAACCCCUGGAGGGGGUGUCGGCCUGUAUCGGAAACUGCUCUGCGGCCUUGGAGGAGCUGACGGAUGACAUGACAGAGGACUUCCUGCCCGUGCUCAGGGAAUACAUUCUGUACUCCGACUCCAUGAAGAGUGUACUAAAGAAGAGGGACCAAGUGCAAGCAGAGUACGAAGCCAAACUGGAAGCCGUGGCACUGCGGAAGGAAGACCGGCCCAAGGUGCCGGCAGACGUGGAGAAGUGUCAGGACCGGAUGGAGUGUUUCAACGCCGAUCUGAAAGCCGACAUGGAGAGGUGGCAGAACAACAAGAGGCAGGACUUCCGGCAGCUGCUCAUGGGCAUGGCUGACAAGAACAUCCAGUAUUAUGAGAAGUGCCUCAUGGCGUGGGAGUCGAUUAUUCCACUGCUGCAGGAGAAGCAAGAGGCCAAGUGAGCUCCUCCUUGGGACAGACUCAUCUACCUACACAGGGCACGACACCCCGGGCCGGAGCGUCUCUGCAGUGCCAGAGAGGUGGCGUCGGGAAACAUCCGCAGAAACAUCUCUCCUCUGUGUAUUUUUCCCUCCCCCUUCAUCCCACAGGUGUUUUCCAUCCGUAUUUAUUCCUUGGCGGAGCCUGAGGCCAUGGUGAUCUCACAGCAGAAGCCGCAAACCCCCGUGCUGCGAAGGAACCAGGGAAACCGAACACUACAGAGCUCUUGGACCUGAGGGACACAACAGCCCGCAGCCGAUGUCCUCACGUCUUGUGACAGUGUUCUCUUUGGGGACAGCCACGUUGCCCGCUGUGGGAGGCGAUCCGGGGCCUGCUUUUCCAGGACCGGACGGAGGCACGAAUGGAAGGCAGCUGUUGCUUUCCGUGGAGAUGGGGCAGCUCUGGAAUGGACCUCUGCGGGCCGUGACUUGUCUCUGCCUGGAAGCAGGUGCUGGCGCCUCUGUGGAGAAUCCAUAACAUCUCGUGGCCUGUGGCUGUUGAGCGUGGCCUGCAGCCUGCCUGUGUUGAAUGACAGCUGUUUGAUUGCUUGCAGUUCCCAUAGGGCCACUGAAAUCAUUGUCUGUAUGCAUCCGUGCUUGAGCGAGCAAGCCAGAGUCGCUGUCCUGUGUGGUGCCUCGGGGAGCCCAGGGGAAUGCUCCUGGAACUUGAUUCUGACAGCAGAAUGCAAUAGAUUAGCAACUUUUUUUGUGUGUAAAAUGAAAAAAAAAAAAAAAAAAAGGUGCGUUUUUCUCCGUGAAGGUCUUCAUCGUUUUUCUUUUGCUUGCCAGUUGUCGGCAGAACAGGGAACACACCCGAUAGGGAAGCUCUUUGUCCUGAGUCAGAGCAGCCCCUCCCCUGCUGAAAUCAGUGGGCAGAUACCAAAGCCCACCUCCAGCGUCUGCUUUGUGCAAUUUGCCUUUUACCUCGCCACAAACACCUAGCUUGCUCUCUCCUACUGUGUCCACUGAAUGUUGGGGCAACCUUUUGAUGAGAGAGUUGGGGCGUUGUAUUGUGAACCACAGUUGAAAUUUGUAAAUUUACUACAGAAUGUUCUGCAUUAAGUGCUUUGACCCUUAACAUUUCCUGGUCAGGAGGGACAGUCAGUAUCCAGGUGGGCCUCACAGAUCAGUGUGAUGGUGAACUGUUUGCUUCUAGCUAAGCUCGGACCUCUGCAAUUCGCAGCUAAAUUCCUGGGGCCUGCUGGGGGCUGCUGGCUGUGUGCAAAGUUCUCCAUCUCAGACGAUUACCAGGUGUACUUUUCAAAUCAACACAAGACCAUCAAGCAGGAUUUGCCAUCCAAUUCACUUUUUCCCCCUUCUGAAAUGAAGCUACACAUGUCCUAGUUGUGUUCUUCUACCUGUGGCUCAUCCCUACAAAACUAGAGACCUGAGCCCCAAACAAGUGGUGGUGGUCCAUUGUUGUUGUUUCUAAUGAAAGAGCUGUGUUAAGACACUGCUUUGUACGCAAAGUUCACCUGCAUAUACUGGCAGGUCAGCACAUAGCGUGUGGAAGUCACUUCAUCCUACUUCGAAUUGUACAGUAAACCUUGCAUCGGCCACCACUGAGAUGCUGUCGGGGACAGCCUUGGACAGCAGUGAAGUGUUCGACUCUGGUAUGUGUCAUGUUUGACAAAGUCACGGUUUCAGUGGCAAUUUUUAUAUCCAUUGGUACUUGCCGGUACUGUUAAACCCCACUCGUGCCAUGCUAAAGUCCUUAGAUGUGAAUUUCCAGCUUAGUACAAUUACAAAUGAUUCACUGAAGUGGAAGGUGAAGAACAAUCCAUCCACGCCCGAGUGGUGAGUCAGCAUCUCAUUCUACCUCUAAACCAUCGUGUUGGUGUGGGUCUGGCUGUCUGGGUGGAGCCUGGUAGAACCGGGGUGUGUCCCGAGGAGUGAGUGGGUGGACAGCUCCUUAUUGAUCCUCGCUGGAAGAUGCCAGGCUGACCCAGCAGUGGCUGCUCGUCUGUGGAACCCCUGAAGCUUUGCCUUGUAGGGUUUUGUGCUUUAAUCAUGUUUGUCCGGUGUAAUGAACGCUUGGAAAGAACCGUGGGAAAGAGUGGCCGGGAAGUCAGACCCUCACACGUGCUAGUUGCCAAAGUCCAGAAACAGCCCCGUGCGAUGGGUCGUUGGGAAGGAGGCAGUCCUUCCAGAGAGUCAUGAGCUGAGAGCCGUGGGUGGGGGAGGGCUGCACGGGCAGGCAGGAGACGGGCUCUGAAGGGAGUCCGCCUCCUUGGCGAUUGUCUUGCUCCAUGUGUUUGGUCCCCGUGUGGUACUCUUGUGCUUUGAGACGACAGAGAGAGGAGGAACAAGGCGAGCUUUCUGUCCUCCAGGCAUGCUAUUGGUGGCUGAGCCAGGAAACCCCACGCUUGGGAAGUGCUCUUCCCGAGAAGGGACUCCCGCCCCUGUCCUUGGACUGGCAUCUAAUGAGGCAAGGUGGCUGGCCCGGGAGGAAGGGGACAGUGGGCAGAGAAGGGGGCUCUCCAGCCGUUCCCACCCAGUGGCCCCCGCAGGCCCCAGUGUUUGCCUCUUCACCUUGACCAAGCACGAGGGAGAUUCCCUUUGAGCAGUGGAACCCAGAGACCGCUGAGCCAAAGACUGCCUUGCAGAGGUUUCCCCGCCCGCCCCUCUUGGUUCCACAGAAGGUCAUGGUCCUGAGGCUACCGGUCCUUAUCGGCUUUUAUCUCCCUUGAGAUUUUCUCUGAAGGACCCCCUUCACCAGGCAGACUGACAUAGACAGGUCUGAGGCUUGAACUCACCAGGCAGCAGCAGCUUGGAAAGCCAUCCCUAGCGCUGCCCCGAGCCUGGAAAGUCGAAGUUGUUCACCUAGUUUAAAAUAAAAUCCGGGCUACGGGAGAGAAAAUUGCUAGAAGCAGAUUUUAGAGACACCUAGGCUGUGGAAGAUAGCAGGUGUGGGCGCCAGUCCUCCCCGGCAGUGUGGUGGCUCUACCGGAAGGUUCUGGGCUGCUCUGCUCAAAACAGGGAACCGCAGCUCUGAACUGAGGAGCGAACUCGCCACCCACUGGGCCAGGGCUGGGCUAGGCCUUUACUCUUCAGUAAGGGUUAGUGAUUCCUGGGGAAAGCGGGAUGGUGGAGGCGAUGUCACCCUACGAGUUACUGAACUCCAGACUCCUUGCUUCAGCUGAUGUCACAAGAACCCAGCGUGAGUCUGGGGACCGUGGCGAGUGGAAGAUGAGUCUGUUCCCAUGGUGCACGUCCACCCCAGCCAGAGUGCGUUCUAGGUGUUGAGGCUGUUCUCUCCACGCACACCUGCUCGCCUCUGUGAUGGGGCAACAGGACGAAAGUGCAGUACCCACGUGGCAGUCUGCAGUGGGGUUUCUCUCAGGGUGGUAGCCCAAGAAACGCCGUGAGUGUGUGUGACAGGGUCCUGCCAUCAAUAGCAUUGCUUUGACACCAAUCCUGAGCUGUUGAGGGGAGGAAGAUAGGGUCAGCGGUGACCUCUGGGACUGUGUCGGCCUUGUCUGUUUCGAUGCCGAGAUGGCUCGGGACUGUCUUCACUCUGGCUCAGUGGGUUUGCCAGCCGCCCUCCAGGGUGACUCCUCCCUGCCUGUCAUCAAGGCAGGGCACACCCAUUCCAACCCUGCCUUCCCAGACGCCUACUCUUGGGGCUUUUAGAAACUGAGUAGGCAAAUCAUAGGGCUGGAGUAAUGCUGCUUUGAGUGCCUCAUUUACAAGGUGAAGUUGAGAAUGUGGGGGUUGUCUCCUUACUUUGAGCAGUCCGCCAGGUGGCCAUGGGUUGGACUCGCCCUCUGGUUUCCCUGUUCAGAAGCUGUAUCCUCUCCCGGGCCGCACUUAACAGCGUGGGCUGGGUGUGUUGUCUUGUUCUGUUCUCGCUUUGACUGCAGGGACCCGAUUUUUCACCUACCCGCCCAUCAGGGAUCCGUGCUUGGUUGUAAGGCUGUCUGGACUCCCCAUAGUUGCACAUCUCAGAGUGUGUGCAGGGCCGUCGACACUAGUAAAGGAGAGGGAGAGGGGCUUUGUGACAACGGCUGACUGUUCUUUCUUCAUCAUGUGUUUGCAGUGCAUCCUGGGUAUGACCAUCCAACGCUUUCUCUAUGUGGCAGAAAAGAGAUGCCACCCAGGUAGUUCUUAACCACUGUAGCUGGUUUGUAAAUAAGUGCUUUGAAAGAAAAUAACAAGGCCAAUAACAUAUCUGUGUCCUAUGUAUUUAGCACUUGAAAAAUCAACAAAACCAGAAUUUAAAAAAUGCCACAGACUGUUAAAAGCCUAACUCCACCCUUGGUGAGACUUUGUCAACACCUACUAAUAUGCCUUAUUCUUCAACUCGUGUUCUUAAAAUGCCGAAUAGAAGGAGUCUUAGAAAAGUAAGCGGUCAUUCAGCUGACAAGCUAGAGAUCUGACAUCCUCCAUUCUCAGUCUCCCCAGAAAUGAUUAGGGUUGCCUUUUGGGAGGAGAAACCUUAAUAUUGCUAUUGCCAAAUGAUACUUUGGAUAAUGUAAGGAAACACAGGGACCGCAAAACCACUCCUUAACCCUUGUGCGAAAGGUGGACUUCAUGCCUCUUGGCACGCUCUCUGUCGUAGAGGACUGGGAGUCACCAUGAACACGUCCUGCAGAAGCCGGGAACUCUGUGGAUGCUAACAGGGUUCGAGGUUGGCUCCGAUUCAACAGAACAGCUUUUUCCAGUACUGAGGGGACCUCGGUGCCACAUGUUUCCGAGUGAAAUUCUCCACAGCUGAAAUGCCAAAAACGCAAAACAGAGUAUGUUGACUCCCAGAAUUGAGCCAAUUUUAGCAGAGCUUUUACUAGUAAAACCAGUUAUCAAGAAGAUAGCUUAUGUACCUCUCCCGGGGGACACUGCCCUGUCACCAGCUAAGUCCGGGCUGUCUGUGGGUCGGCCCGGAGCAGGUGACACCUGUCCACUGCCCUAUUGGGCCGGCUUGCUCACCGUUCAGACCAACCUCUCAGAAAUGAUACUAGAAGGAGCAAAGGGGAGACCGGAAAUUAGUUUGCCAAAAAAAUGUGAAGGGGUCCAAAACAUUGCCUGGGCCAUCACUAGAUAACAAACCAGCAGCUCUUAACAGUGAGCACUGUUCACCUGGACCCCUCUUGAGAUCCUGGUCCUGUAGAUCCCAUAGAUCCCGGGUCCCUUGUACGUUUGUGCACCUGCCCCCUUCAUCUCUGAGUGUCGAAUGCAUGGAGAGAUGAUGUCCAUCUGAUACAUUCCCAUGAAACAAACUGCCAGCAACCUUUCUAACUUGGAUUUUAACUGUUAGAGAUUUAAAACACACUUUUGCUUGGGACCUGUCCAAAUUAUGGAUUGUAUCUCCUACUUUUAGGAAUCACUCUUUCUGUUUAAAGGUUUAAAAGCAGUCACCUUCCGAGGCAUUGAGAAAGUCCUCCGUGUGUUGUGUCGCCUUCUGCUGCCACUAAAGCCAAAACAAAAGCUGUGACAGACAGACGUGCUUGAGAGAAUGCGUGUUGAUGAGAAAGCUACUGGGACUUGAAAAAGAAUGUCCCUGUUGUUGUGGAUGUGGAACCCAGAGAUUGUAAAACAAAUGCAAAGCUGUUUCUGUUGAAUUACAGAUGCUGGCACGAAGUUCUGGUCCAGUUUUUUUUUUCCAUAUAUCUGUGUAUAAAAAUACUGUCCAUUGUUUACUAUGGGAUUAGUAUUACAUUUGGAAGUAAAAAAAUAUUUGUAUUGCUUGAUAAACUACUAGCUUGUAAAUUUUAAAAAAGUUUCUUUACCUCAAUUAAUUUAAAGUUAUGGACCAAUAAACCUAUCAAAGAUGCUUUCUUUA